AUGGCAGUGGAGGAAAUAAUAGUUCCAAUAAUCGACUUGGCAAAUUUUGAAGCUGAGAAGGAGAAGCUCAUGGAGGCAGUGUCAGGCUUGGGUUUCUUCCGAGUGAUCAACCACGGAAUACUUGAGGAAAUUGUGGUGGAUAUGAAGGCUCUUGUGAGAUAUUUAUUUGAACUCCCAUAUAAGAUGAAGCAGCGCAACAUCGACAUCUUUCCCAAUAGCGGCUACGUAGAGCCCAGUCGAUUUAACCAUCUAUAUGAGGGAUUAGGCAUAUAUGAUGCUAGCUCACCGUUUGACAUCCAGGCCUUCUGCUCCCUCUUAGACCUCUCAUCCCAUGACAAAGAAACUUUGGGUACAUAUGCUACUAAGCUUCAUGAUCUCAUCGUGGAUUUGGCAUCCAAAGUAGCCGAAGGUUUAGGAAUCAUUGAGUUUUCAUUUCAAGAAUGGCCUUGCCAUUUAAGGAUGAAUCGAUGCCUUUUCACAAAGGAAACUAUGCUUGGCACUUGUGGUGUGAAUACUCAUUCAGACACUAGCUUCAUUACUAUUCUUCUUGAAGAUGAUUCUCAUAAAGGACUUGAAAUUUUGGACUCAUUUGGAAACUUUGUUGCCAUCAAUCCUGUACCAGGGACAUUUCUCGUUAAUAUCGGUGAUAUCGGAAUGGUAUGGAGCAAUGGAAAACUUCAUAAUGUGAAGCAUAGAGUGAUAUGCAAGAAAUCAAAACCACGGAUCAGUAUCGCUCUAUUUAUGCAAGGACCAAAGGAUAACAAGAUUGAGCCACGAGCUGAGUUGAUUGAUUCAGAACACCCACAACUCUACCGAAGUUUUGACUAUCUAGAGUAUAGAAAGCUUCGGGGGUUAACUGCAACAAUGGUUGACGACGUCCUUCAUAAUUGGGUUAUAGCUGAACCUGCAAUAAUGCCUUGA